AUGACUCCUUUUUAUUGCAUUGUUCAAAAAGUGUGUGCGACGUGUGACGAGAAACCGUUUGUGAAAAACUACGAGCAUUUUUUACCCUACCCUAGCGAACCGUACGUUGAUAUUUCUGUGGAACCCGUAGUUUGUUGUGGUUAUCAGCAAUAUGUGUUUGAAAAAAAUAAUGAGGAUAUAGUAGAGGAAUUAGUAGAUUUUAUGAUGCAACAACCCAAGGAUAGUGUAUGGGUGGCGCACAAUGGGGGUCGUUUUGAUAGUAUUUUUUUAUUGCGUGAAUUGUUGGUUCAGCGUAAGAUAGUUCCCGAGGUUGUUAUGAGCGGUAGUAAGAUCAUGUCUAUGGAAUGGGAAGAACGUAAUUUAAAAAUAAUUGAUAGUUAUCUGUUUCUUGCCAUGAGAUUAAGUAAAUUUCCAGAGGCGUUGGGGAUUAAGGAUGUGGCAAAGGGUUUUCACCCCUAUCUUUUCACCAAUUUAAACUAUGUGGGUCCCAUGAUAGGUUUGGAAUAUUUUGAACCGCCUCCCGAGGGUAGUGAGGAACGAGCCAUUUUUGAUAAAUGGUAUGAAGAGCAGAAGAGUAAGACGUAUAUUUUUCGCGAGGCAAUUUAUUAUUAUUGUCGUCUAGAUGUUGACAUUCUUAGACAGGGUUGUAUUAUAUUUGCAAGAUUGAUCUAUAAGAUUACAGGUAUAUUACCCUUUUAUGAUCGUACAUGUAAUACUGUAGCGGGUUUGGCACUUAAGAUAUACCGUAGGAAUUUUUUACAAGAAGAACAAAUCAGACAGAUGCCUGCAUGCGGUUAUGGGGGGAAGAAUAUUAAUCAAAGUGCUAUAGCCCUGUGUUGGUUACGUGAAAUUGAAGGGGAAUUGGGUGAAAACAAUAGGCAGCUUGCUAGUAAACUUGCCGUAGGUGGGGAAGUUCAAAUUAUGGGGCGUUACGUUGACGGUUAUUGUGAUAAAACGAAAACAAUCUAUCAAUUUUACGGAUGUUUUUACCACGGUUGUGAAAGAUGUUAUAACAGCGAUGCAUACAACAAUGUUGUUUGCGAGAAAUUUUUUGUUUUACAAGCUAGCACUCAACGGGUAACAAGGUAUUUUCGACAGGCCGGUUAUAGGGUAAUUGAAAAAUGGGAGUGUGAUUAUCGCAAUGAAAGCGGUAUAACACAACAUCAUUUGAAACAAUUACGCUUAGAUUCUUUCUUUGUACAUCUGCAUUUGGAACCACGCGAUGCUCUUUUUGGUGGUCGUACAUCCCCCGCCGUGCUUUAUUAUGAUAGUAGAAUUAGAAAAUUACCUGCCGUGUAUUAUGACGUAUGUUCUCUUUACCCGUAUGUGCAAAAAAUAUAUGAAUAUCCGACACAACAUCCAACGGUUUUACGUGGUGAUGCAUGUAAGGAUGUUGACUUAAAUUCCGUAUUUGGUUUGGUUAAAUGCAAAAUAUUACCGCCAACAAAUUUACUAUUUCCGGUUUUACCCUUUUGUUCGGAAAAAUUAACAUUUCCCUUGUGCUGUACAUGUGUUUUAAAACAACAGAGAACAUGUAACCAUAACGACGAAGAACGUGUGCUAUAUGGCACGUGGACAAGUGUGGAGGUUCAAAAAGCCCUUGAAUUAGGUUACCGGAUCCUUACGGUUUAUGAGAUUUACCAUUUUGAAAAACGUGAGAAAAUAUUCGAUCAAUAUGUUAACACCUUUAUGAAACUUAAGCAGGAAAGCGGCGGUAUUCCUACAAAUUGUUUAAACGAAGACGGUACGGUAAUCAAAACAAAAAUGCAGGAGUAUAUUAACGACUAUCUGAAACAUGAAGGUGUGCUUUUGGAAGGGGGAAAAAUCGAGUAUAAUCCCGGGCAAAGAAUGGUAAUGAAGGCCCUUUUAAAUUCGCUAUGGGGUAAAUUAGCUCAAAAUGAGAACACUACCGUGGUUUCGUUUUUGGACAGUAUGGAUGAGCUGUUAGAUUUGGUAAAUGACCACAGCGUGGAAGUAACAUCGUUAGAUUUUAUUAGUGAUGAUAUUGCUCAAACAACACAUAGAAAAGGGAGUAGUUUAACACCUUUACCCAACCGUAAUGUAAUUAUUGCGUCGUUUGUAACAGCAUACACAUGUUUAGAGUUAUUUAAAUAUUUGCAUAAAUUAGGGGAAAAUGUUUUAUAUUACGAUACCGAUUCUGUAAUUUUUAUCGAGGAUCGAGCAAACGGUAAAUGUGUUGAAGCCGGCGGUUAUUUGGGUGAAAUGACGCAUGAAUUACUUGAAAAGAACACUAGUAAGAAAUGGAUAGAACAAUUUUGUUCGGCAGGCCCAAAAUCAUAUUCUUAUCGUACCAAUGAAUAUACACGUUAUUUAAAAGACGGAACUGAAAAAAUGCAGAGGGAUGAGGUAGUGCACGUGAAGGGUUUUUCUCUGAAAGGGGAUGCGAAAGAAUUGUUAACAUUCAACAGCAUUAACGAAUAUGUAAGGGAUCAUAAAAAAGAAAUCGAGAUAACAUAUCGUGAAUUUGUGCGUGAACCCAGCCAGAGUAUUGCGGUGAAAAAAAAUGUCAAAAAAUUUUAA